AUGUCGUUUCUACCUAGAGUCGUGCCUUCAAAUAGAUUACCUAUACUGGAGGUUCGUUUCGUCAAGAAGCCUCAUGGCCAGAAAUGGAACGACGUCCAUGACUUAACUAACCCCCGUAUCCAACCUGUGAAGACCGAUGACGAUGAAGUUCUGUUUCACCGAAGCACACUAACCGUUUCUUGCCAGCCAGUGAGUGGGAAGAGUCCCGAGACACAGGUUAUUCAGCGCAACGAAAUGAGCUCGGAUUGGAAAGUGACAGAGUACUUCAAGCUCGAUCUACCCAACGAGAGUGAUGAGACAUUAGUGACACUUAAGUUGGUUCAAACUACUACAAAGACGAUCUUAUUCAACACAUUUUUCCAAGGUAAAGUAUUUCAUGGAGAAACUUGA